AUGCAGCGAACCAUUAUCCUGACAGCCUUUGCCGCUCUAGUUAGCUGCAUGAUGGCGCCACCUAUAUGCCUGUCUAACAUCAUUGAGCUGGAUGCUGGCUUUUCAUUUGUCUCUGCUUCCAUUGAUGGAACCCUCACUCAGCGAUGUGAAGCAUUGGUCACCCUCGAUGAUCCGGAGUACCUUCCCGUUACGUUCACAUUUGAUGCCAGCCACUGUGACGGCCCAUUUACUGCUAGUUUCCAGAUGUCGCCCGGUUUUCCUGCCGGGGAUGGUUACGUUUUCUGGCAGUGCUCCGGUCAGUCUCCGACCUGCAAUCGCAUCCGCGUGAAGGGUGGGCACAAGGAUGCUAGCCCGGCGCUUCAACGGCAAGGAUACGUCGAAUGUGCUUCAAAGUUCACGGGUACACCAAACCUUGCUUCAUCUAUGAGCCAGACAUUGACUGCCACGUCCGGUGUCCGGGCGGAAACUGGUGGAGGGAGUCUUUCCAGGGUCAGUGGGAAAGAUGCCACUCCAACUUCGUCUACACUACCCCAGUCUACACUCCCUGCCGACAGUAUCUCAUAUGUGGCAACAUCGUCUACUACCGCCCGAAUGUCCAGAGUCUGGCCUACUGGUGCAAGGCCUACAGGAGCGUGGCCUACUGGCACAGCUUCUAAUAUACAGCAGAGCACGAGCACCUCGGUGGCAAUCAACGACGCUACUGCGAUCAACGCCCGUCAGACUGCCAUCACUUCUACGAUCUUCACUACUAUUCUGCUGACUCAAACCAUUACCUCCAUUGCUACGGUCUGCUGA